AUGGCUGUGGAAGAGACGCUAAAGGAGGUGAAGACGUACAAAAUCAUGAGCAGCUGUAAGAAGCGGGCGCAAGGGACUCCAACAGAAAUGCUGAAGCGAGGGUGGGAGGAGUACAACACUCUUUUCGACGAUCACUUGCAGCAAUGGACGGCGGGACUUCUGACGCCAGAGCAACUAGCACAGAGUGUGAUUCAGAGCGCUCAGAGACUCCAACCCUGCAGCAGUGACAGCUGGAGCGAGAACCUCCGUGAGAAAGUGCCGUCGCUUCUGGCGGGCAUUUUUGCUUUGUUUACCAUCAUACGAUCUGGAGAUGCUUUCAUGCGUCAUGCCAGCGCAUCGAAUGUCACGGCAGAGAGUGGUCGCGAGAGCAACGCCAGCAGCGCCUUCGCCCCGAAGGACCUCCUCAUCAAACCUCACAGCAUCCAGCUAUUGGCUCUACUUCGACUCAUGGGCUAUGGCGAAGCUGGCAGUAAGUUGCAGAAUCACGUGAUGCAGAUUCCGACGGGCGAAGGCAAAUCCAUUGCCCUGGGCGGAUGUGUUUGCUACUCCGAGUAUUUGAGCAAGCGUGAUUGGAAUGCUUUCCGGGAUGUUUUCAUAGCCUUGAAAGUGGACAAAGACAUCGUCUACAGCACCGUCACGACGUACAGCACCGGUGAGGACCUCAUCUUGCGAAAGGGCGACAUCCGAAGCCUGACCUUGGACUUGGUGCAAGGUCAAGAGCUCAAUGGGGGCGGUCUGCCGACUGCCGCGAGUCCUUCCGAUAAUGCUGCCGAAGCAGGAAAGAAGCGUGGCAUCAAGGCCACACAGCCUCCUGCGAAAAAGACAAAGGUCAAUGCUGCUCGACAGCGGAAGCGAAAAAUGGCCGAUGAAGAGCAAGUGCCAAGCGCUUGCUCGGCAGUGGUCCCCCAUGCUGCCACUGCGGUGGUGUCAGCGGAUGCCUUAACUCCGGCUGUCCACGCGCAAGCUUCACCGGCUGCCCCGAAGGAGGAGAUCCUAAUUGUCGACGAGGUAGACGUUUUCUUUGGCGAAAACUUCUAUGGAAGGACCCACAAUCAGGUCGCAACAUUGGCGGCACCAGAGAUCGCGGAGCUCUUCCACAAACUGUGGGAGAGCCGGAAUGAAAGAGACUGUCCGCAGGUGCUUUUCCAAAGCAUGAAGGGCACCACCGCCUUCACAAAACUGUUGCAGCUGUUCCCUGACUGUGCUGAUGUUCUGACGUCAGAGUUGAAGGCCAUGUGCUUGGAUUUGAAAGACUUCGACUUCCAGUCUGCCGACUACAUUUUUGAAGACGGCAAGAUCGGUUACAAGAUUCUCGAUGGAAUUUGUUGGAACGUGGUUCAUGGCUACCACACUGCAUUUGCAUACCUGCAUGAGGCUGGAAAGGGCAACAUUCGCGAUUCCGACCUCGUCCUGGACAAGGCCCUGCAACUGCGGAUACCAUGUGCACGGUUCUCCUACGCAGGAAUGAAGUGCCAUCGGAUUCUUGGAGUGUCUGGAACUAUCCACCAUUUGGGAAAGCAUCAAACCGACAUCAUGCAGCGCUACGGCAUCAAGAGCUACACUUGCAUGCCGUCAGUGUAUGGCGAGAAGAGAUUUGAGUUUCUUUCGUGCACCGGAGCUGUGCCCAUCAAGAUCUCCGCGGACAAGAACCACAUUUUCGACAUCGUUACCGAGGCACAGCGCAUGAUGGUGGCAAACAAGGUCAUCGGCCAAGGGCGGGCGGUGCUCGUCUUUUUCAAGAGCGUUGAUCAUUUAGCACAGUUUGAGAAAUCGCCAUAUUUUUCAACUAUCCCUGGAAAGAGGAAUGUGCUCCGGCCCAACCUUCCAGACAAGGUGAAGGAGGAUGUUAUCAAGAAGGCGGCAACGCCACACCAGGCCACCUUCGUGGGGCUCACAGAGUUGCCUUGUGCCACCUGCGGGAUGCUAUGGCUGCGCUUGAUGCUGCGUGACCAUAGCAAGUCCAGCCAGCCUAAGCUCUUAAACUACGUGAGUCUUCUGGCCCACACAGCCACCAUGUCGGAGCUUUUGGCCCCAGCCAUCUUCGGCCGUGGCACGGACUUUUGCUGCCUCUUGGCGUGGGGAUGCCGUGCAGGUGGAGUCCACGUCAUUCAGGCUUUCUUUGCCCAGGACCGCAGCGAGGAGAUCCAAAUCCAAGGGCGAACAGGUCUCGGACUUGACCCGGCCGAGCUUCGAGGGCUAACGCCUCCCAAGCUGUAUCAAACUCUCUGCGACAGCAGAGACCAGCAGCAAGAGACGCAGUCUGCGGAGAUGGAGGAGAGACUCAAGGAGGCAAGUGCCCUCGACAGUCGGUCUCACGAGUAUUUCGAUCUCCUCCUCGCUGGCCGGCGCAACGCGGCCAAAGCGAGCCUCUCGCAGCUCUACAGGAGUAUUGGCUGUGUUGGUGGGGCUUCGGAGGGUUAUCAUAUAGUUUGCUGCUAUGACGAGUCUGGAUCUAUGAACGGUGACAGCUGGACAGAGCUGGUUGCUGCUCACGCCUCCUGCAUGCACAAGUUUGCCGCGAUGGAUCACAUCUGCAUCUCCAUCGUGCAAUUCGCCGAGGAAGCCAGGGUGGUCUUUCCGUUGGGCAAGGUCACUGACGCUCCUGUCGACUUGCAAAUGGUCGGCGGCGGGCCCACCCACUACACACCUGCCUUGAAGAAGGCACGUCGCUUGAUGCGAGAUGGCACGCAAUCGCAUGCGGGACUUGUGCCUGUGCUGCUUUUCAUGUCCGACGGGGUGAGCCAUGACGGUGCUCCCGUUCAACUGAUUCAGCAGAUGCAGAACGAAUUUCCAGAGAUGGUGCUGCACACAGUAAUCUUCCGGUGCCCAGAUUCCGAGCAACUGCGACGCAUGGCGGCAGCAGCAACUGAAGGCCAAGGGCAUUUUCAUGCCUCAGCAGAUGGCGUAGAGCUCAUGCAGACAUUCUCAGCCAUCGCCAGUGGCUUGGAGUUCACGGGGCGAAAAUGA